GGAAGGCUGUGUUAAAAUUCAUGGCAUGGUUCGGGACUUUGCAAUAUCAGUUGCAUCCGAAGGCAAUCAUGGCUUCUUAGUAAGAGCAGGUGUUGGUUUGAAGGAGUGGCCGAAGAGGGAGACAUUUGAGCACAACACAAUCAUCUCAUUGACAGACAACAAUAUUCUAGAGCUUCCUGAAGGACUAGAAUGUCCAAAACUCCAAAUGUUACUACUGGGUGAGAACGAGGAGUUUGAGGUGAUCCCAAAUGAAGUUUUUGAAGGAAUGGUGGGACUAAAGGUUUUGGAUCUCAGUGAAAGGAUUGGUGUUCACUCUUUACUUCCAGUAUUCCCGGGCGCUUCUUCACACCGACCAAGGAUCUUGACACUGCCAUCAUCACUCAAUUUAUUGGCAAAUCUUCGGACUUUGCACUUGGAUCGCUGCAGAUUAGGUAACUUGUCUCUAAUUGGAAAACUAAAGAAACUUGAAAUUCUUAGCUUCUUUGUUUCUGAUAUCAAAGAGUUACCAAUGGAAAUAAGAGAACUGAGCAAUCUGAGGCUGUUGGAUUUAAGUUUCUGCCAAAAACUAAAAACCAUUCCGGCAAAUCUCUUAUCACAUCUGUUUCGUUUGGAGGAACUGUACAUGGGAGGUAGCUUUAGGAAGUGGGAGGAUGGAGGAAGUAGUAAAGCGUGCCUUGCUGAACUGCAAUCAUUGUCCCAUUUGUCCAUUUUAUGCGUGGAACUCAAACAUAUGGGAUGUUUUCCUGAAAAUCUCCUCCUCCCAAGUUUGGCUAAAUUUGAGAUAACAAUUGGGUACGAUUCAAUGAAUUGUUAUCCAAAUUCAAGAAACUUGUAUCUCAGAGACACUGCAUUAGUCGAAGGGAUUAAGGCCUUGUUUGGAACAACAGAAAACUUGACAUUGUAUUGCGCAACAAAGGGCUUAACAAAUUUUCUCCCUGGCAUAGAUCAAAAGGGUUUAAAUGGAUUAAAAACUCUCAAUAUUAUAAGUGCUGAUGAAAUGAUCCAUCUCACAGAUACCACCAAAUGGAAUCCACCAAUUGUAUUUGCAGAGUUGGAGGAACUACAUCUUAGGAUUUUGGAUGGGAUGCCAGCUAUCUGCAGUGGCUUCCUUCCCUCCGGGUCCUUCCAGAAACUCCGAAUCUUGAAGAUCGAAUGGUGUUCUGCAUUGUGGUAUAUUGUUUCAGACAAUUUGCUUCCAAGGUUACAAAAUUUGGAACAAGUCACAGCAUAUAAUUGUGGAAACGUGCAGGCGAUAUUUAAAAUCGAAGGAAAUGCUUGCAAGGAAGAGAAUUCCUUGCUCCUCUCUACUCUGAAAGUUUUGAGGCUAGAAAGUUUGUUUCAUUUGAUGUACAUAUGCAAAGGCUCCAUCAGAAAUGUGAGCUUCAUGAGACUAACAGUUGUGGAGAUCAAACACUGCCAGAACAUUGCUCAUCUCUUUUCGACUUCCAUGGCUCAAAGUAUGUUGCAACUGGAGAUUCUCAAGAUAGAAAGCUGUAUUAGAAUGGAGGCAAUUGUUCCAAAUGUGGAGACAGGGUUGGAGUUUCCGAACCUAAAAGAAUUACAGGUGAAAAGAUGCCUUGCAAUGAGGACUCUAUUCUCAGUUGCAGUUGGCAAUGCUCAAUCAGAAGGAGAAGAAAAGAAGAAUAUAAUUUUCGCUCGACUGGACAGAUUCCAACUCAUAAAUAUGCCAGUCCUUGAGAGGCUUUGUUCUAUGGAUUACGGCGUUGAACUUCCAUCUUUAAAAGAAUUGGAAGUGGAAAAAUGUCCUAUGAUGAAGAACUUUUCUGAUUUUGGGUUCAAGGGUAUGCCAAGUGCGGUGAAAAUUCAAGUAGACGAGGAUUCGGCUUUCCAGAAGUGAAGGCAAUUCUUCAACAAGGAUGGUUGUGGAAGUACAAUUCUCAAGCAAUUCUUAAACAAAGUUGGCGGGGAAACACUCUUUUAGGUCAUUCGAAUUUAUGUAGUAAUAUUGUUCUGGCUAGGGAUUUUCCGUGUGCCUGUUGUAAACUUGUGGUUGAUUUUGUAAUUUCAACUCAAUAAAUCAUAUAAUACUGUCUGAUGCGGUUGUGUUGUUAUGUUGGUGUAUUAUAGCCAUCUUAUUUUCCAUCAUGCAUAAAUAAAAUGUUCUUCACUUGUUAGGAUCAAUGGUUCCAUUCACUGGUAGUUCAAUGAAACACGUUUUUCCUUAAAAAAGAAAGCAAUUGUGUGCUCCAUUGAUGCCUCAAGGUAAAGAUGGGUGACUGGGUGACCUAAGUGCAUGUGACUCUCGCUAAAGUAGAGUCUAAGAAGGGCAAGAUGUAAAUUGAUGCCUCAAAGUGUUGGAAAUUAUUGGGCGUGCAACCGAUAAUGAAUUCCACUGUGCUUGGAAAAGUUUUAUCAUUAAUCGUAUAAAUCUGCAUAAUGCAGCGCCUUCAAAAGCAUUGCAAGCACAACUAUAAGCAACCUUGUAUUCAAGGCAGAAGAGAACAAAACUACCAA